UCCAGCGUUGCUCGAGGCAAAGCAGCUGCUCUCCUCUGCCAUCGCUCCCAACGCCUCCAAAGACGCCCGCCGAAAAUUCCACACCCUGCUCAUCGCCCUGCCCACCUCGCCCUCCGCGACCUACGAGUCCAAGUCCUUCUUCGGCACCCUCGUCCACAAGUGCUUUGCAGAGUUCGAGGACCUCCAGGACCCGGCCAUCGAUGCGCUCCUCGACCUGUGCGAAGACGACGAUGAAAAAAUUCGCAUUAUCGGUAUCAAGGCCCUCGGACCUACAGCGAGGGCCGAUCCGAGGUGGGUGAGGGGCAAUACGGGUGUCCUGCUCCAGCUCUUGGCCAGCCAGGACCAAGAACUAAAGUACGUCCGCGAAUCCCUCCAUACCCUUCUCUCCGUCUCGCCCGCCGACGUCUUCUCCGUCAUGGCAGACGACUGCCGUGGGUCUGAAGAAGAAACAGGUGCUUCCCGUCAAAACAUUCUGAAAUUCCUCUCCCCGUCCUCCGCUGACCCCUCUACCGGCAUCUCGCUCGACACUCGUCGGGCGCUGUUGGAGUCUGGGAAACACACAGAUGUGGAGGAUGUUUUCCGGGAAGAAUUCCUCAGUGUCGUCUCCCAGCACCAGCAUGGGCAAGGAGGGAUAGGCAAAGACGAAAAGAUGACGAUCCUCAAUCUGGUUAUACCCCUCUCCACCGUCACCGGCCAAAACGCAACCACGCCCACCGUCAAACGGGUGUCACACCUCAUCAUCGAUCUCGUCCCACCGGGUUCGCCCGCAAAAGAGGUACAGCCUGUCGUGCAGUUGUUCAACACAUUCAUCUCCUCCCUUACUCUCGCCCCUUUCCCCGCUCAGCAGAGAAGAGAAAACGUGCUAGACCCAAGAGUGCCCAUCACGUUCUUUGCAAAACACGGUCAAGCGACAACCCAACUAGCACUGGGGAAUGACGUACCGUCCAGAAACAUGGUGGAGGGGUUGAAACUGUGGGUCGAAGAGGCUUUACGUGGAGGUGCAAAAGGUGGAGACGGAGAAGAAGAGAUGGACGUGGAAACGGUGAGGGAAAAGGUCGUCAAGCAAAUCUUACCCGCUCUCUUGAACGCAUCCAAAGCGUUUACAUAUAACAGGACCCUCGAAAAGGCAGGAGAAAUGUUUGAGAUUCUGUUCUACACCGUCUAUCUGUUCUCUACCAACCCAACAGACCGCCGAACAGCGUUCAUCCCGCCAUACGCCCAAGACGAACUACGUGCCCUCGCACAACAGGCUUUCGGACUCGCGUCUCGUGCGCGGAAUAUGCCAGGCGCAGGAGCGGGUGCAAAGUGGGGCGUUAUACGUGAUUUACUCGAGGUAUUGACCCUGCGCAAACCUCUCCCUGGAGCGGGAGAAGGGAUCGUACCUACUUGGAAAUACUCCCAAGUCCCAACACAAGUACAACCACAAACCCAAACACAAACGCCUACGCCCAGAGUUUCUGGUACAACGCCGGGGGAGAUGAGACGACCCCCGCCUCAAGGUCCUCGUGCUUCUCUCCGCGAUGGGCGUGAGCGUGGGGGUGAACGCGAGUUUGAAUCGUAUAGAGAUAGGGGGCAGAGACAGUAUCCACUUCAUUUUGAACCUCGGCGUGCGCAGGGUCAUACACACUACCCCCAGCGAGAACGGGAACAGGAACGGGAGAGGGAGAGGGAAAACAAAAACAAGGAAGAAAGACGUCCUGGCGGGAGACCUGCUACACCCCCGCUUCCUUCUCUUCCUCCUGCACCUGCGCCAGCACCAGCACCAGCAUCUGCUCCUUCUGCUUCUGUACCUCCCAUACCCUUGGAGCCUUUUGCAUCUGCAUCUACGUCUGCGUUUCCGGCCGCUUCUCCGGGGACGGGCUUGAACAUCCGUUCAAACACUACAACCGCUGCCGCCGCGACGGACAGUACAACGGGCAUAUCGAUAAACGGAGCAAACAAAAGACGGAGGGAAGUUGAUACAGGGUCCGAUUCUGCUCGUCCUAGGGUAGGGGAUGAAAAUGGAGACGGAGAUCGGGAUGCGGAUGCGGAUCGGGAUAGCGAUCGGGAUGGCGGAAGAGAGAAGAAGAAGGGUAGGAAUGAUAUUGAUAAAGAUGGGAGAAAAGGGGAACGCAGGGAAGGCACCGAGACGUCAACGUCGAUGGGGACGGUUGGAGCUGGUGCGGCAUUGUUAGCUCGUAUCACAGGCGGAAGGGGGAGAGUGCAUACUCCCCCUAUGGCGCAAUCCCAGCCCCAGCCCCAUCCUCAGGAUCUACAAACCCAACAGCAGCAACCAAAGUUAUCGCUCCGCGACCGACUCGGUCCAUCAGUCACUCCUUCCCCAGCCCAUAGUGACGGCAAGGUCAACAUCCCAAGCUCAGUGGGGAUGGGACAUAUUUCAGCGCUUGAUAGACUUGCCUUGGGUAAGCUUGCUGCUUCAUCACCCGUUCCCGCAGCUGCGGCUACGGCUCGCAGUGGUAUGACGACGGAGACAAACAAGCCCGCACAGAUCAGUUCAUUGAAUAUCGCUGGGAUCGCCAGUGCAGCCCAAACACAAGGCCAGGCCCAAUCCAAGGACAACGCCGCCGGGCAAGGGAAUGGUACAGACCAAACCUCCAUGUCCACAACGAAAAGUAUCAAAAUCCGACGUGACAACCGUCCUCCCCCCACCACCCUCUUUCACCGCAACUAUUCUUCCAACAACAAUAUUGAGAUAUUGGGAUCAAGGGGUGAGGAUGAAAAAGAAGAAGAGGAGGAGGAGGAGGAUGAACCGGUAGUAAAGAAAGGAAGGGGGUUUGUAGAGAAGCAAGAGGAUGUGGUGAUGUUUGAACCUCCAAAGGAAAGUGGAUGGGGGACAGCGUUUCGUCAGUCUAGUGCGGGGGGCCAUGGAGGAGGCCAAGGGGUGUGGCGAGCAUCUGCCCACCGAGGAGGAGGCGUUGGGCCUGGCGCCGGGUCAGGAAUGGCGAGAGGUAUGUUUGGGGCUCGGGGUGCUGCGAGGCGGUAAGCGGGGUUUGAAUAGUUUGGAUUAUUAGGAAUACUACAGUAUAUAUUUUUUUUUACUUAUAUGAGUCAUCUGAAGAUUUCAGAUGUAGGGAGAGGGAUGAGAGAGACGACCAGAUUUUGCUCUUCUUUUCUCCACCCCUUCUAAUCAUUGGGUUUCAUCGUAACAUGUAUGAAAUAAAAACAAAACCAUAUCUGAAAAAUUA